UUCAAAAUGGCGGAUGGACACACAUUGACAAAUAUUGACACACUUUAACUCGAGACGUGUUCUACGAUUUCAAGUCUUGAAGCUCCUGUCACGAACGUGCAAUUAAUGAGGACAUUGAUAUUACACGUGGAAUCAAGAACAAAUGUCAGAAGAACUCAAAUGUGCUUUUCGAAGCUCGAGCAAUUGGCUGAGACGGACUUAAUUGUCAAACGAAUCACCCUGGAAGUGUCCAGCUGGUAGUCUUGUUCUCGUAGCCGGAUUAAAUAUAUCGUCAGCUAUGGGGAGAAUUGCCUAUGCGGAUGAGUCCCUUUUUACCUAUUUAACGUCUCUCAUGAAACCUGACGGAUAUACAAUAGGACUUAUUUUGGGGCAGAGCACAGAACAGAAAGACUUUGUAGUACACUUGGCACGAACUCCACCACCGGCGACUAAAGAUGUCAUCGAAGAAACGCUGAUAAGUUCUACAACGACUGUGCACCCUGAAAGUGCACCGAAAUACAUUAAAUCGGUUAAUGACAUUCAGGAAAGUUGGGUGGCAGAUCAUGCGAAACAUGUCACCAGAAUGCUUCCUGGAGGAAUGUGGGUAUUGGGCUUAUUUAUUGUUGGACCUAAAGACAUACUUGCCGAUGGUUUAACAAGGCUUAGAUCGGUCAUACUUGCGAUACGAAAAACUUUGGGAUCUAAUGAAUAUCUUUAUGGGAACAACGAACAGGAAAAUCUUGUAUUGAGCUGUAAUAGUAUAACACGCAAAUACGUAUGUAAAUCAUUAGACAACCAGAAUAAUACUUUCAAACCUGCAGACUGGAAAUUUCAAUCAAAAGCCAUGAAGUGGCAUCAACUGGAAGUUAGAAUCGAUUUUGACCAACUAUUUCCGGUUCCUACUGAUACAGACCCUGAGACUUUAAAAACACGACUUCAGGGGAUAUUGGAAUACACAUCCACAACUGUAAAUAAAGCUAUAAUUGUGAUCGAAGGGGAACUGAGAUCUGGCAGUGAUCUAGUCGAAAUGAUUGGUAAGAAAAAGCAAGAUGUAAAGGAUAAGAAAAAUAGCGAAGACGACAGUGCUGAUUCAAUCGAUAAAGCCCUACAAGCUGUUUUAUAUAUACCUUGUCCUAAAACUACAUCACAGGAUAUAAAAGUAAUAUCCUGCAGUGAAUCAAUGCGGUUGGUAGGACAGCUUUUCAGCAAGACUUUCGUGCAUGAAAGAGCUUCUAUCGAUGAAGCAACAAAGGCAAUUAAACAAGAUAUAUUACGAUCUUUAGCGAGUAGAUUGGAAAUGCAUUGGGAUAGUUUGAUCGAAGAAGAGAACGGAUCUCCCGAAGACAGCAUAACUUUGCAUGAACCUCCUCGGAGAGUUCUUGUUGCAUUGCCCCAAAGUAAAGUCACUCUGUCGGAUUACUUAUUUCCUGGAGAAGGAGCACAGGAAGCUCUUAUUUCCUUGCAGGAGCUCUUGGACCUUAAAGUUCAAGAAAAUAGUGUGCAAAAAGACCUAGAGUUCCAAGUCGAUCCUCCUGAAUUUUAUUGCCAAAAUGAUGUGGAUAAGGCAUCAGAUCAUGGUAAAGAUCCAGUUGACAGCAAUCAGCUGAUCACUUAUGUUGCCGGUUUGAGCAUUGCGUUAUUCGCUCUCAUUGUAGCUUUUCUCAUCCAUCACUUUUCCUGAACGUGUUCUUAAAAGUCAGUUGAUGUUAUUCUGAAGGACUUUAUAUUAUUAGCAAAGUUAAUAAACAGUAAGCCGUUCCAAGGAUUUUAACAGUAGUUAAAACUCAAAAUAACCUCAUCGACACGAGGUUAUAAUUUUCAUUUGAGCUUCACAGAGUACUAACGUCACGAGCAGUAUUUAAAUAAUCAUUUAAAAUGUGAAGCAACGGCAACUAAGUCCAUAUAUGAUAUACAACGUUCAGAAUAACUUCAAAAAUGUAUACAGCUAAAUUUUUAUUGCGAAGGCCAGUGGGGAAAAUGAUUUACAGAUUAAAACAUAUCAUUGCAUUUAUCCUAUACGAGCGUUGUUAAUUUAAGAUUUGAGAAAAUACUGAUUUUGCGACUGUACAGUGCAAUGUAUCGUUACAGAUAUUUUUAUAAUACUGACACCGCAGGGAAAGUGUACAAUCAAGAUGAGAUAAAUAUAGAGGACCGUUUGUAA